UCGGAAAGUGCACUAAUCGAUCGUCCUCGGCCAGAGUUUGCGCCCCUUACCCUUUCCCUCCCCCACCCACACACUCCCCCACCCCUUUUUUUUCUUUUAAAGAAGAAGAUCAGGAGCCGUUUCUCAGAGACAGGUAUUUCUGCUGCUCUUCCGCACCCUCUUCCCCUUCCCCGCGUCUCCUCCUCCUCCUCCCCAAAGGACACUAGACGAGAACUUUUACAGGGUUACUAUGCAAUUGCGACUGGUUUCUUGGUUCUUUAUCACUUGGAACUUAAUGGAAUACGUUGGCGGCCAGGAGCACCCUUCCAGAGUACGACGACAGGGAAGAAUGCAUCGCAAUAUGAGCCAAGCUUGUCAAGGAGGAUGUGCAACAUGUUCUGAAUACAAUGGAUGCAUGUCGUGUAAACCUAGACUCUUCUUUUUCCUGAAGAGGAUUCGCAUGAAACAGAUUGGGGUGUGUCUUUCAUCCUGUCCUCCUGGGUAUUUUGGACAACGAUCCCCAGAACGAAAUGAGUGUAUGAAAUGUAAAGCUGAUUGUGAAGCCUGCUUUAAUCAAAAUUUCUGUACGAAAUGUAAAAAUGGAUUUUACUUACACCUUGGAAAGUGCCUUGAAAACUGCCCUGACUGGCUGGAACCGAACAAUCACACUAUGGAAUGCAAUGAUAUUGUGCAUUGUAAAAUUAAUGAAUGGAGCCCAUGGAGUCCUUGCACAAAGAAUGGAAAAGCAUGUGGUUUCAAAAGGGGAAAUGAAACAAGGGUCAGAGAAAUCCUACAGCUUCCUUCAACAAAGGGCAAAUUAUGCCCACAUACAAGCGAAACAAGAACAUGUGUUGUACAAAAAAAGAAUUGCCAGAAAGGAGAAAAAGAGAGAAAAAAGGACAGACGAAAAAAACCAAAGAGAGAAGAAAGCAAAGAAACCAGUCAGGAAAACAGAGGCCAAGAAUCCAGAAGGCAGGGCAGAGAUCCAGAGAAAAAAAACAAAAUGCAACCGAAGAAGAGAAGAAGCCAGAAUAAACAGCAGAAACUAGUUGCCAUCAGCACUGCACACUAACCGCCUUACACCACUGUUUAAGACUAUUGCUGCUGCUAUUACCACCAGACUGCCAGGGUCAGUGUUCUCCAAUUAUCACCAAUAGACAAUAUUACAAGUUAUACUUAAACAACAUUCCAAUACUUACUAUAUUCUUCAUGCCGUCACAGUUUAAUCGGAAGACUGACAUGAAGCAAGAUUUUGUUUAGUUUUUUUUUUUUUUCUUUAAAUGGGAUACGUUCAACUUUAUAUUACAUUCUUCCAUGCAUCUCUUAAAGAGUGUCUCAGCAGUUGGCACUGCCUGGUUGAUCUUGUCAGGCUUGGAAGCUCAGCAGGGUGCGGCCUAGCUAAGUUCUACAAGAUUUGGCAAAGUGGUUAGCAAAACUGGGAAGUCAUAAAAAAAAAAUCCCAGAUGAAGGGAAUGGUAAACCAAUUUCGUACUCUCGCUGAGGAAGCUACGUGGAUGUGUCCCUGAAGUCACCAGGAAUCAAGUGGAUUCAAAGAGACUUUAGCUUUUAUCUCUAAGGGUCAAUUUAGAAGCUUGUAUAUAAUUAUCAAUAUGGUAUCAGGUAUAACAAUAUAUUGGAUGACUACUUUUUCUUCUGUAAAGUAUUUUUUCAACCAUUCUUUAUGAAGCAAAAAAUGCCUAAGGUAAAAGAUACAGUAUCCCUAGAUGCAACAUUACAGUAUAUAUGUUGCAUAAAGAGAAGGAAGAAGAAAAUGUUUUAAGAACUGAAUAUUCAAUACUGCAGUCUUAUCAGAAUUACGUUCACUGGAUUUUGCCACAGGUUCAUAUUUGAAAUUCCAGACUGAAGAACUCCAAGGCUCUGAAGCAAAGGCACAAAAGAAAUGGAAGCCUCAGUAAACAUAUUGCAAAGACAAGCGUUAGAUAGCACUAUUAUUUGCAAGAUAGCAGAAUAUUUUCUGUCAAAACCUUGGUAAUACAGUUGUUCUAUGCUUUGUAUCAUUCUUGUAACUGAAAUGUUCCAGUGACUGACAAAUCAUAUGGGGGGGGGGAAAGCAAAACACUGAGAUAAUAAAGAACAGAGACGGGAGAUCACACAAAUUGGACAUUUGCACUGAUGACUUUUUCAUCCCUCUUGUAAUUGAACAUUGUCACACAGUCUGCUUUGUAAAUGGAGAAAAGUAUGCUGUUCUUUAGAAAUGUUUUAUCUAAUAAACUAAGGCCACUUUACCAAAUAUAAAAGGAAAAUAUCCAAUUAACUCCUCUUGCUGAUGGAGUGAUGGAAUGGCAGAACAGGCACAAUGGCGGUUAUCAUGCUAUCAGCAGAGUGGGAAAGAAUUCUUUAGGGUUGAACAAAGAAUAAAAUAUUCAUACACUAUAUCUGAAUUUACAGAGUUUCCACAAGCAGAAGAACAAUAUCACUCAUUUUUUCUUCUCUCACAUUCAGUGAGUGCCAAGGUUGAGUUUAUUCACUAUGGACACAAACAUGCUGUAACAUUUUUCUGGUCUGUUUUCAUAACAUGGCCUUUCUCGGUUCCUCAACCCAUUCCCGAGGCAGCCUUGAAUCGUUGUUAAUGGUACUCACUAGAGUGUGGUUAUCAUAUCUCUCUUAUCUUGACAGAGCUUUGCAGGGAAUACAAUUUGCCUGACUAUUUUGUCAGCAAGGUCUACCAGUUGACCUUAGGCUAAUAUUUGCAUGUGUUCUUCCCCUGAUUCCCAGAAACUGUCUUCAAGGGCUGAUGUGCUUUGGGCAGCAGAGCAGUCUGGUUCUUUAAAAUUGGGUUCCCCGCAUCCCCAUUUCUGCCAGAUCUCUGAGUCAAUCCCUCAUUCUGCUUCUUGGAGCACCCUUAAACAGCAGCUAGCCUAUGGUAGUGGCAGGAUAGCUAUCUGUGCUGCUUCAUGGUACAGUCCCCCUCAUAUCUGUGAACUGUCAUUCAGGCAAGUUGCUUUAGAACACUUUUUCUGAAAUAACUCAAUCUGCCGAUGAUCGCUCACCUACUGAACAUGAGUUUAGCACUCUUCUAGAAUAGCAUUAAAUCUGCCUCGUUUCAUCCAGAUACGGGUUUAGCAGACAACAGCACUGAACUCAUCUCAAAAAGGAGUAAUCUUUCACUUCCUUUUCAAAAGCACAGAGACAAAACACUUACAAAAUACUUACUGGUCUGACCACUAUCAAAUCUGCCUCCUUCCCAAUCUUAGCCCACAUUGACUUGCACAGGGGACUCCAACAAUGUGCCUUGUACAUUGUGAAUAAGUGUCAGCCAUCUGAGGUAGAUCAAGUCAGGAAACAAACCACCACAAGAACACUAGAACUCUAUUUUAUUUAGACCAUAAUAAUAGAAUCUUGAAAGCCUGAUACAAUUUCUCUUUCCUUCCCUCUUAUACCUCAGAGUGUUCAGGUAGGCCAGUCCCAAGUUUCUCCCUCAGAUGCUACUGUCUAUUUAUUCCUGUACAAUAACAGCAGCUUCAUUUGUUGGCAUCACACCUGCAUCAAAAUAUUAAGGACGGCAGAUUGUAUGCCAGUACAAAGACAGAUUGGUUACACUUCAACCAUGAGAAAGAACCCUAAACAAGCUAUGGACAAAACAAUUCUCAGAAUAGAAUUAUCAUAAAUUAGGAAAUUAAAUUCAAUUAAUUGUUAAUAUUAUUUUAUUUUGUGAAAGGCCAUUUAUUUAUUUUUCCUCACAAGCUAUAGGGCAGCAGAUAGGAAAUUGUUUUUGAAUAUAGCAAAUCAAUUGUUUUCUGUCAACUAAAAACUGACCAGGAUUUCUCUUAAGAUGAUCAGAUUUUGCAGUGUUGUUGAAUGAAAUGUCAACAGUUCCUUUUUAAUCUAACCAUAUUUUCAGCUGUACAACAAAGCUAGCACCUAUUCACGCUCUAGCCUAGAGCAUACCCUUCAAGUUGAAGUAUCUUGUUUCAAAAACUGUAUUACUAACUUUAAUAAUGAUACAGUUGAUUUGGAUACCCACAUUUCCUUUUCUUCCCACUUCAGUUUAAGUACGAAGGUCAAGCGGCUUUGGGAAUUACCUGAUAUUUGGCUUCCAUACUAUUACACACAAAUAAUUUCCUAGUUAAAUUAACUUAAGUCUUGAACUUGAAUGAGUUCACUCUGAUGAUUAGGACUUGGCUUUUUCUUAUCCUUGCCCUAAAAUGUUAAGCAUGAAUGAGAUUUUAUAGCCUGGCUGGAUGCCAACAUUCAUCCACCUGACUCAGAAAAUCUUCCCCACCCUUCAUUUUCAGCAUGUGAUUUAUGCUUCUCAUAUUGGAGAAGAGAUAGUUGCCUUGGCAUGACACUAAUGAUGAUUAUGAUUAACAAUUUCUAAAAAGAAGUGCAAAGAGAUUUCUUACUAGUGAUGUCAACUAUCACGCUGCCAUUGCCCAGGGCUACAUUUGUUAAUUAAUAGCAGGAGACAGAACACUGCUGAUUAAUGCAUGACUUGGGUGCAAAAAAUAAUAAUAAUGGCAUCUUAAAUGUCUCAAAGAUGCUUUUUCAAAAGGCAACUGGACUAUGUUCCUUUCUGGAGAAAGACAUUUUACCUCUCCUCCAAGAAGCUUCUUCAGUUCUGAAGAACUGAAAAAACACCCUAGUACAGUUGCCUUUUGAAAAAACACCUUUUGAGAUAACCAUGACCUGGAUGACUGAGAAUCUCCAUAGGCUUGUUAUCAUAUAGCACUACCAAAGAGUCUGCAUCCCUAGAGAUAUUCCAGCUGCAAUGUCUGUAAUUGGAAAAUGGGCAUAAAAGUAAUAUUAUUAAUAUUAAUGUUAUAAACAUGUAUUAAAAUCUUAAUUUUAAUAACUCAAUGUUGCUUUUUCAUAGGAUUUGGCAUUUUCUAGUAACUAACCAUUGUUUCUUCCAUCUCAUUUAUGGCAACUGUGAAUUCCCUAGAGUGGAAGCAUGUAAUGU